AUGGAAGGAGAAAAUAACCACAAAGAACACCCCCACGUUUACAGAGAUAAUCACAAACAUCAUCACAUUGAAAAACACUCAGAUAAAUAAGAAGCCGAAUGUAAUUAAUGUGAUAAAAAGGAUUAACACCAUAACAACCAUCAUCACCAUGACAAGCAUGAAAAUAAAGAUGUUCUUAACAAACAUUGA